AAAUGUAUUUAAUGUUUUGAAAAUUAUUUAAAUUUAUUAUAUUUUCACCUGUAUGGUUGCUUCCUCUACUGUUUUCACUUUACUAUCAAAAGCCAAUCGGUGCAACCCAUAAGCUCCGGCGCCGGCGAGAAUGACUCCGGUAUCAUCAAAGCUAUACGCGGAUGACGUCAGCCUAUUAAUGGUUCUCAUCGAUACAAAUCCAUACUUCUGGAGCUCAAUGAACAACAACACUUCUUUCACUUUCUCCAAAUUCUUAUCUCAUGUUCUUGCUUUCUUGAAUUCGAUACUGUUAUUGAAUCAGAUGAACCAAGUGGUAGUGAUUGCAAGUGGGUAUAAUUCAUGUGAUUAUGUAUUUGAUUCUUCUACUUCUUCAAUGCAAAGGGCUGAGUGUUUGUUGGAGAAACUGGAGGAUUUUGUGGAUAAAGAUGAGUCUUUGAGUCGAGAAGAAUCCGUUGAUGGUGUUGGAUUUUCCUUGCUUUCUGGUUCACUUUCUAUGGCUUUGUGUUAUAUUCAACGGGUAUUUCGUUCAGGACCUCUUCAUCCACAACCUCGGAUAUUGUGUCUGCAUGGAUCUCCAGAUGGGCCGGGCCAAUAUGUUGCAGUCAUGAAUUCAAUUUUCUCAGCUCAACGUUCAAUGGUACCCAUUGAUUCAUGUGCAAUAGGAUCUCAACAUUCUGCUUUUCUUCAGCAGGCUUCUUACAUAACUGGUGGUGUAUAUUUGAAACCUCAAGUAUCAGAUGGGCUGUUUCAAUAUCUCUCUACAGUUUUUGCGACUGAUUUACAUUCUCGGGGCUUUUUGCAACUUCCCAGACCUGUAGGAGUUGACUUUCGCGCAUCGUGCUUUUGUCAUAAAAACACGAUUGACAUGGGUUACAUAUGCUCUGUUUGCUUAUCAAUCUUCUGCAAGCAUCACAAGAAAUGCUCAACUUGCGGGUUCACUCUCAUGUUUUCCUUCAAAGAAUCUCUGGCUUCUCACCUUCCAGACCGCCCACCAUAUAUGAGAAAGGAAUUGGCAGUAUUGGUUACUGUUUUGUAUCAAUCAACUGUUUCUUAUUCCCUUUUUAGUUGGAAUUAGCUAUUUGAGUCCUUUGUAUCUUCUGUUAUAGUUUCAUAUUAUUUGCAAGGACAAGGGUGGCAUGGGCGUAAUAAUGUGUUUAUUAGUUAUCUGAUUUUCACAUUUUUGUUUUGCGACAUAUAAUGUGUGCUAUUCCUGGAAGGGAUAGUAGGUGCAGUUAAAAAUUCCUACUCAAGAACCAGAUGUGACUGGCUGGAUGUUUUGCUGUAGAAGGUGAAAAAUAUGGGACCUAGAUAUAAGUAGAACAUAUAGUAACUGUGCCCUACACUGUUUUUUAUAUAUAUAUAUAUAAAAAUUAUUUGCGGUAGUCUGCAACAGAAAACUAGUUCUCAUUCACCAGUGAUGUCUCUGGUAAGCUGAAGCAAUGCAUUGACAAAAGAUGUGCUCUAGCAUUUGAUUUGUUGUUGGCGUUAUCUUGCUGAAGGGAGAAAGAUGCGGUACAUGCAUAUUUGCACUAUAAGGAACUUAGUAUCAACAAUCAGCGAAGAAGAACUCAUAAAACCUAGAAGCUGAUGCAAUGUUACCUACCUUGCACUUUCUUUAAAUUAUGCUGGUAACCUUUUUAGUUUUUUGCAUUCUGCUGAUGUUUACCAACUGAAUUAUUCAAGAGAAGAUGCAUGAACAUCACUCGACUCGUUAGUGCUAAUGGAUAGCUUGUCAUCUACAUUUUGAGGAUUCUUUUCUUGUUUCCUGAGAACAUUCAAGACAAAAACCAAAGACACAGGAAAAAGGGUUGCCAAUUCCAAUUCAAUAUGGUAUUAGUUUAUCAUGUAGCAGCACCGUAACUGUUCUACAAUGCUCACUCCACUGAUAACUCAAUUCAUGUAACACUGGAUGUUUGAGUUUGCUAUUCUAAUUUAUGAUUCAUGCCAUCAA